AGUGCUGUCUUAAGUUGUAUGCUAGUCGGCGGAACUGGCUGUUUGAUGUGAGGAUGUGUGUGUGCAGAAGUGUGUGCGUCGAUGCAUGUUAAUAAACGAUCUAAUGAGUUCGGUCUGCUGACGCCCUGAACAUCCCCGAAUGGGCCCCAACAUUCGAGCGCAUCAUGGGCUCCAGGAUAAAAGAAAACCCUGAAAAAACGUUCUACUGGUUCUUUCAAGCUUCAUGUCCAAUUGCCAGAGAUAAAGAUCCUGGUGUGCUGUUUCAGUUCCCUGAAGACUUUAGUGAUGAGGAGUCCCUGCAGUCCUUGCCUCGCUUCUGCUUCCCUUAUGACAUAGAGAGGGUGAAGGACACCGUUGCCGUGCAGCACUUCUCAUUCGUCCUGACCGAUCUGGAAGGAUGUCAGCGCUUCGGCUUCUGCAGACUCACCUCCAGCUCUCAGAGUUGCUUGUGCAUCCUCAGUUAUUUGCCCUGGUUUGAGGUCUUCUACAAACUUCUGAAUAAUCUAGCUGACUACUCAACGAAAGGACAGACCAAUGAGAUGAAAGAGCUGCUCUCGGUGCUCUACAAGCACCCCGUGCCUCCAGCCAACGGCUCCAUCACGCUGCAGAUGGGAGGGAAGCUAAUGAUUGGACGCAAGAUGCCUGGCAUCUGUGGACACGCCCCUAAAAGGGAGGAGUCGGAGGGGAUCCCGUACUUCAUCGCACCAGAUCCCAAAGCCCUGCCUUCUAUUCCAGAGAGUAGGAACCUGACGGAGCUGGUGGUGGCGGUGGAUGUGGGAAACCUGCUACAGCUCUACGCCAGCAUGUUGUUUGAGAGACGGAUCCUCUUUUACUGCAGUAAACUCAGCACCCUGACAGCCUGCAUACACGCGUGUAACGGGAUGCUGUACCCCAUGUACUGGCAGCACAUCUUCAUCCCAGUGUUGCCUCCUCACCUGCUGGACUACUGCUGCGCACCGAUGCCGUACCUCAUUGGAAUUCACUCCAGUCUGUCAGAGAGAGUGAGGAGUCGAGCUCUGGAGGACGUGGUCAUACUGAACGUGGACAGCAACACCCUGGAGUCGCCCCACGAGGACCUGAAAAAGAUCCCGGCCGACGUGGUGGCGGGACUGAAGGUCAGGCUGAAAAAACAGGCGGCGGCGGCCGGGUCAGGGGUCGCACACGCUUUCCUCCGAGCCCAGGCUCUGCUGUUCGGAGGAUACAGGGACGCCUUACAGCCGUCGGAUGAAGGGCCGGUGGUGUUCUGCAAUGAGCUGUUUCUCAGUCAUAAGUCUCAAAGCAUGAGGGAGUUUCUGGAGAGCGCCGUUCACCUGCAGUGUUUCAAAGAGUUUAUUGACGGCCGGGUGAAAAUGCUGGACCAGGGCAAAGAGCCAGAUGAUGUGUUUGAGGAAGAGGUGCUUCAGUGUGGAGCUUCUUCUGGUGCCUCUAAACUGCGACGGCAGUGGGUGGGAAACCUAAAGAAAGGGGGCGGAGCUCUGAUUGUGACAUGGAAGACUACGGCGAACAAAGCAACCAAGUUUGGGCUGAAAAACCUCCUGUCAUCAAAGGACUCAAGUGAACCUCACAUGCUGCAGAGGGGCGGGUCUGUGUGUGGAGCGCACACGUACCGCCUCAUCCAAUCAGACUGCCUUCAGAAUCGUCUACCAAUCACACAGCACUUUGGCAGAUCUCGACCGCGUCGGCCGGCACGCAAGCAUCACAGACACCAGGGCAAUGACCAACAGACAGAGGACGGCAACGCCGCUUAUGAGGACAGUGCAACAGAAGGUCCCGAGCAGUGCUCUGGCGCCAGCGACUUACAGGAAGAUGAUGAUGAUGAUGAUGAUGAUGAUGAUCUCUCUCUUGUGGCCGACCCAGAGGAGAUGGACCUGCUCGGGGAGAUCUUCGACACGCUGAGCGCGCAGAGCUCCAGAGAGCCAGGUUUACUGUACGGCACACGCAGCCUCGACCUCUUCAGCUCCGACAGCAGUGAAUUCAUCACACAUAAGAGUCUGACCAACCCAAGUCAGGAGAGCCUAAGUCCCUCUUUUGGAAACAGCGGAAGUCUCAUGAGCUGGGAGGAGGAGGGGCUAGAGGAGGGGCCUGUUUUUGAGGGGGAGGGGCCUCAUCUCCCGAUCGACAAGCCACAAAAUGAGCUUAACGAAUUAGAAAAGGACUUGAACGAGUUAGGGGAAAAUCUGUGUUCAGAUCUACAAAUUCUAGAAGAAGCUUCUCAGGAUGCUUCUCAGGAUCCCGAAGUGGGUUCUCAGGAGCAGGAAAAGGACAGCUGUUCGAAAAAUGAUGGACAAAUGAACGGAACAACGGAGGAAAGCUUGGAAACUGAGACAGAAGUUACAGAGAGGACAGAGAUGCAACUCGACAAAGAAGAACUCCAGAAAGAGCGUAUGAAGACAAAUGACUUGGGCCCAAACGGACCGACAAAUGAAGGAAUCACCUCCGCCGUUUCACUCCAUGUAACGAUAGACAAAAGAGACGAGCUAGAUAAGAAGAACGCUGAACCUAAAUCACCGAACAUUUUGUCUGCUGUAGCUUUGUUCCAGUCCAAGUCCUCUGAGUCUCCUAGUUCCCGAGGGUGCGAUAAAUCUCUAAAAACUCCCAUCAGAACCCACAAAAUCAGUGUGGGUCCAAUGAUGGGCCUGCAGGCUGAAGAACAAAGCAUGAAAGCGCCCGCUUCAUCAACAUCAGAAGAACAAACCCAGCCUCCUGUUAAAGUCUCAGAGCUGAAGAAGAGAUUUGAACAAUAGAUCAUUACAAAGAAAAAGCAUACCGAAGCAAAACUAUAGUGAUGAACUUCUUUAUAUUGUCAGUUACAAAUAUUCAAGAAAUAGCAGUUGCACCCCUUUUUUUGAGUCAAAAUCAAUAAAAAUAUCCACUGGGUUUUAACUGGAUCGUGAAAGUUUGGUGUUCCAUACUAAACUUUGGGAUUGUGGAAGGUCUCAUGUAACUGUUUGUUUAAACUUAACUUAACAUCAAUAAAAUCGAUUAAAAGGCAA